AAAAUGGAAAAUACAAUUUUGUAAAUUCGUAAAAUAAAUUGAUCAUACGUUUAAAAUUUCGCUAAAAUUAAUGAAUAGACACUGUACCUCAGCAUACAAUAUAUGUACUUAUCAUGCAUGAUAACUUCGUUUAUCAACAAAAAAAAAAUUCAAUAUAAAAUUGACAUUAUGUAAAACCAAAUAAUCCAACAAUCCUAAAUUCCUAAUAUCUUUCUAGCAUCUUGCGGAAAGGAUUAUGAGCAAAUUAUCAUUUAGGGCCCGCCAACUUGACGUUAAUAAAGCAAUCUGUAUAUACCGGUAUGAAGACUUUUCAAAAAUCUCUGAUUUUUCUCAGGGUCCCAGAUCGGUGGCUCCUAUUCCAUCAGGAAUGGAAAAAGAGGAAGAAAGUGAAUAUCAUUUGCAGCAAGCCAUUCAGAACCAAAAGGUUACGGUUAAAGGCGUCGUUAUACCUACGCCAUCGGUGGAGAUUGGAGAGGACUACGAUACGUUUUACAAGGGAAAUUUCCCGUUGCCCAAACAGUUUAUACACGUUCAACCAUUCGACAUUGAAGACGUUCUGCCCGAAUAUGACCUUGAUAACGAGGAUGAAACCUGGUUAGAAAACGUGAAUGAGACAACCCUGAAGUCCAAAACCCAGAUAGAACCUAUGGUGCUUGAACGGCUAAUGGAUAAUUUCGAAAAGGCCAGCGGACAUCAGAUGAUAUCUUACGAAGAGGCUAAAUUGUUAUGUAAAGAGGACGAAAGUGUGUUGCAGAUCAUAUACCAGUAUUGGCACAAAAAGAGGAUACUUAAAGGAUCUCACUUAACUCCCCGAGUAUUGACGGACAAAAAGGGACUCAUAAACUCCUUCAACACCUGUCAUUUUUCGGCCAGCUCUUACAAAGAAUUCGCUUCGAAGGAUAAGCUGAAUAUGACAUCCGCCCUUAACACAAACGUCAAUAGUUUUGUUAGCUUGCAUAGUUUGGGAAACAAUAAUUCGGUUGACAGCUCUAUCUCCAAUCCUUACAUAGCGUUCCGACGGAGGGCCGAAAGAAUGCAAACUCGAAAAAACCGUAAAAAUGACGAAUACUCCUACGAAAAGAUGUUAAAACUCAAACGAGAUCUGCUUAGGGCAAUAAAACUUUUCGACUUGGUGAAAAAACGUGAAGCACUGAAAUGCCAGCUCAUACAAAUCGUAUCGCAAACGUUUAAAUCGAGAUACCAGAUGCAAGAUUUUACUGGCGAAAUAUUCAAAGAAGCCAAAAAAGGAAUCAGCAAAUCCCACCUUUCCGCUAUAUCCCCAUUGAAAAGUUCCUACAUGAAUGGUGGAAGUCAACGUUCGUCGCCAUUUAAAGACCAAUACGAAUGGGGGACCGAUUUUAAAAAAAGACUAUCGUCUCCCAAACGCGAAGCUCGUCCCAAGACUGAAUCAGCCGCCUUAGCCCCCCACGAUUACCAUUUGGCAACUAAUGCUUCUGCCACCCGUAUCAAACGUUCCUUGGCCGCCAAAAGGACCAACACUCAUCCACAUCUUCUUACGUCUCUCCUCCUUCCAUCCUCACAUAAUAAUGUCAAUAGGGUGAAGGCAGAUUCAGACUAUUAUUACUAUCUGGACGAAGGAGGUGGUGGUGGGGAGAAAAACGAGUUCACCACUAGCAGCAAUAAAGGGCGAAAACGCUUCAAAAAGACCCAGCCCCCAAAUCCCAAAGCCCUAGAAAACAUCAAGCACGUGAAGUACGACAAACAUCAAACCUUACCCGAUUCAAAAUCUACUUUGACUGACGUUUCGGGCUCCGAAAGGGUUUCGUUCACAAAAGUCGUGGGUCAAAUUAGUGAGAGCAAGUUACCGAUUAAUAAUAAUUUCAAAGUAGCUAACUACAGCCGCUGGCUAGCCGUAAAACGGCUAGAAAGGGCUUUGAGGUUGGAGGACGACAAGAGAGCCAGAGUUGUUAAAUUGGAUAAACUUGAGAAAUUUUUGAAAUUCCUGCUACCAACAAAUAGAAUGCUUAGGGUCGAUGCCGACCACAAAAAAACGGUCGAUAAAUUUUCAGAGCAUACAUAUUCGUUCCUCCCGAAAAAGGGAUAUCGUUAUUACAUGCCAUUAAACUCGGAACUUCAUCCUUACGGGUACGCGACGGAAAGCUCUGAAAUAUCCUGUUUCUCGGACAUUUCCGCGAACGUUAAACCCGAAAAUCUAUCCUUAUUACCACUUAAUAUGUCAAUACUCCGUGACAAAAAAGAGCCAUCAUUACAAACGGAUUUCGCUCUAAAAUGCGAUCACGACUCCAAUAGAACCUAUAAAUUGUCGAUCUUGCCAGUGGCAAGAAGGGCUAGGCAUGGAAGGUUAGUAUUUGAUCGACGCCUAAGGCUAAGCCUUGAAAAAGUUGAGGAAAAUGUCGUGAGGGAACUUGUUCUACCACCUAUAUCCCAUCAAAAUAAUGCCUUGACAAACGAUAUCGAAUUCGCUAUGAAAACUUCUCCGAGCCAUUCACUAUCAUUCACCCCUGGGGCAAUAAAAUCGGCCAAGAAAUUUAUGGCCUAUUCUCACUUUAAACGGCAUUCUACACUUUCAUCCCUCAUGCACAACAUAAGGAAAGGCUUACCAAAAAACACCAACUUGCCACUCACCAUACUGAAAGAUGACACAUCUCUCCACCUUAAACCUCCUCUAGGAUUGGAAAGAUCUUCUCUUUAUAAUAUUGUACAAUCACCCAUUUCUAAUUCCAUCAAACAAUUCAACAACUUUGGGCCACCAUUCUUCAACUUGGAUUCUAAUUCAAACCAUCACUAUACGCACAUCAAUCAUAAUUACGCUACACCUAACAUGGCUGUGUCGAUUAAGCCUAAUUACGGUAACAAAACCGCAUCACUCUCAUCUGCCUUUGGCUCCUAUUCAACUACCAAUUUGUACAAUGGUAUUAACACCUCAAACGUCAAUUUCUUGAACGUGAACCUUGGUAACCUGAAUAAUUUGGGCGACCUUUCUGCUUUCAAAACACCUCUUAACUUUAUUGCUGCCAGUCAUUCCUCACUGCCCAUCACAAAUAUUAUGAGCUCUUCAGUCUCUUCCUUCCCCACCCGAUUUAACAAGUUGCCCCCGUUAAAUGCUGAAGCAUUAUCGGAAGGCACAGAUCACAGUAAUUAUGUGCUGAAAAAUAUGUUUAUGACACCCUCUACUUCUCUCGCUUACAAUAAUAUAAAUAUGCUAAAUUCUGGGGUUGCUCCAAAUUUAAAUCAAAAAUUGACCAAUCAAUUGUAUCUCAACAACCUUUCAUCAAAUGGCGGUUCCAGUUUUAAAUCAUCAUUCGUCAACAAUGGCCCAAAAAAGGGUGGUGGUCUAUCCUCUUACACACUACAGCCACUUGUUCUUUCUAACAAUAACCUUCAGGGGUCCCCUUUUCUCAAUACCUCUUGUCAAAGCUAUCUCCCUUCUAAUCUCAUUCCUCUUCUCGGAAAUAAUGGCUUGGUUUCAAAUAUCAACCAACCUUUGCCAUCCAAUAACCCAAACAAUCCCUCAUCUUCAAAAACAUCUUCUUCCCUGCACCACUUCUUGAUUUUGAAGCAGCCCAAGGUCCAACAAUCAGUCCCCUUUGACCCCAUUGGCCUUAAUCCUUCUAACCCAAAUAAUUUGAAUUUCACUGGCAGUAGUAUUAGCAGUGGAAUACGAUUCUUCAAUAAUAUUAAUAACGUUAAUACCAAUAUCUUAACCAAUUCCUCUUUCAAUCAAAACACUCGCGCUUUCAAUGCCAAUCAUCACAUAAUACUCGGCCCCAAUAAAUCCCUUUCCAUUUUGACCUCCUCUGCCACCACAAAUACUUGCAAAAAUUCUUUAUCCUUUUACACUCCUCAAUCAUCGUCGUCUUUGGAACUAACUUCCAAUCCGCCAACACUUCAGCACAAUAACCACAUCGUUAAUACCAACAAUUCUUCAUACUCCCUUCUAAGACUGGGAAACGGUAGUAACUCGCUGCAUCUUAACCAAGCUAACUUUCUGGCUACUAACCAGAGUAACUUUAGUAACUCUAAUAAUCUUCCUUACAACCACCACAUAACCAAUUCACUCACCGACAAAAACUUACUGCUCCAAAAUGUUUUGAAUAACCCUAACAACAACAUACUGUUUUUGAACAACAAUAGCCAAAAUUUGAAUUUGAACCCAACCAGCUUGAAAGACUCCCUCCAUCAGCAAAGGCUAUCCAGCAUUACCGAUUUUUCUUCCACCAAUCAAUCAUCUUCGAAUUUGGCCUACUUUAUUAAUAGCCUAGCACAAGAAAACGCUAACAUCAAUUCGGGAAAACAGGGUAUAAUGGUUUUCAGCAUGAACGAUUUGGCCGCUAAUCCAAGCAUAGCCCUCAACAACCACCGAUCCAUCCUCAUCAAGGAUGGUGCCGGGGGUGAUCUGGUACUCAUACCUUCCUCCUUCACUGCAACCUCUCUCCUUAACAGUGAGCAGCUGGCUAUCCCAGCUGCAAGGGCCUCAACUAAUUUCAACAGUCAUUACCCCCCUAUAUCAUUUAACCCAGCCUCCAAAAUGCUUUCCCUAUCAUCCCUUAUCAACAACUGCACAGCUGUUACCAAUAAAUUUACACCCGUAAAUUCCUCCAAUCUCAACAGAUUUAUGUUGAAUGCUUCCUCCUCUCACCCUGCAAAUAACGACGUUUAUCUACCACAACUAUCUACCACUACUACCCACAUGACCUUCACGUCUGUCACCUCAAAUUUGUUAAACAACUUGGCAACAAAUAACCUUUUUAAGUUAGUCUCCUUCAACGCCAGCGGGUCCCUAAACACUAACCCCGUUCUGCUCAGCACCAAAAAUUCUCGAGUCUCCAAGAGUAGCAGCACUCUCGUUAACUCCUCCGAUUUCAAGAAUAACUUAAACAACCUCAUCCUCAUAAACAAUAGUAACCUAGCCAAGUUCGGCAAUUUGUACCCAGGAUCCACCAAUCCUAACUCCUUUAAAAGGGACGAUCUGCUAAACAGCUCGAUAGACUCUACCAACUUCAACACCUCGACCGUCUUGUUACUUAACACGUCACCUCAGCAACCUAAAAAACCGUUGUCCGUUGCCUCUAGCCUUGAAAAUUUUAUUCAACCCAAAUCCCUCAAUCUUUCCUCUUUCGCCAACACCGCCAUCUCCCACAGCAGUUUAGUUGGUCCUAAUAAUAUAAACGGUAUCCAGCUCUCACAAAAUCAACGCUACAAAACACUUUCUUUAUUAUUGCCCGCUGGUUCGUUGAUUCAACAAAACAACUCGAUCGAGAAUCACUCUAACGCCACCCUCAAAUAUAAUAUUAGUAAUACAAAUAAUUUAAAUCUCCAAAAUUACAAUAGUUUAUUGUACCCCACAUCCUUGACAACCACGAAUACUACCUCUUCUAUCCUCAAUGGCUUGCUCGAACAAACCACCAACCCGGUCCCUCCAAACCGUAAAUUCGUUUCGUUAAACCCUAAAUCACAAUUUAGCUUAGCUUUCAACACAUUACUACCGCCCUCCAACUUUACGAACCAUCCUGGUUACCACGUGAAGAACAAUCUCGCAGCUUCAUUCAAUACCGCUAUCCCCACGUUGCCCCUCGAUAACGGGUUUAACGUCCAACAGCAAAACAUUGUGAACCUCAAAAAAUUUCAAAAUAACAUGGACCCCAUGGAAAGCGAAAAUUCUGCCACACGUCCAGAGGAUUUAAUGGCUAAAUCUUCUACCUCGUCCCCUUCCUUUUCCCCCACGAUUGUCAAUUUGUUCGCUAUAACCUAGUUAAAACACAAAAUCGCGCCAAUAUUAUAUCGUGUCAGAUAUAUGUUUUCCCUUGUAUUAUGUAUUUCCUUGAUACUAUUUUACAGAAUAAUUGAUUCUGCCGAUCUUAUCAUUUUUGGAAAAAGGGGAAUAGCUCUGUAAAGAACAUAAAAAAUACUGCUAAUUUAAGAUUAAUAUAUUAUAUUUUAAAAAAAAAUUUCGUUAUUAAUUGUAUAAAUAUAUUUAAGACACAUUUAGAA